UCACCACUGUGCGCUGCCACGUCUGCUCAGCUCCGCGGUAAUGGAGGCUGAGGAUGAGUGCUGACGGGGCCGGGCUCUGCCUCUAGCUUUAGCUCUGGAUCUGACUCUGGCACUGACUCGGUGUCUGGGUCUGGCAGCGCGAAGCCUGGACACCUUUUCUGGACUCUCCGGGAGGGGACGGCCCGCGGGCAAGCAACUGGUUUGGAGCGCCUCAACCUGGGCAGGGAGUUCGCUUGCCUGGGGUCCAGCCUGUAAAGCCGCCUCCUCCCAGGGAUCCCUCCCCACUGGCCUGGCUUCCUCCAUGCUGUUGAAACAGGCUGACAACCGUUAACCUGGGUUGCAGCUACAGGUGGCACUGGAAGCAGACUGGUUCCUGGACAUGCCCGGUGGAAGGAGGGGCCCUAGUCGGCAGCAGCUAAGCCGUUCAGCUUUACCUUCUUUGCAGACUUUGGUUGGUGGGGGCUGUGGCAAUGGAACAGGCCUGAGAAACAGGAAUGGUAGUGCUAUUGGCCUUCCGGUCCCACCUAUCACAGCCUUAAUCACCCCAGGUCCUGUUCGUCAUUGCCAAAUUCCUGAUUUGCCUGUGGAUGGGAGCCUGCUCUUUGAAUUUCUCUUUUUCAUCUACUUGCUGGUUGCUCUGUUCAUUCAGUACAUCAACAUCUAUAAAACAGUGUGGUGGUAUCCUUAUAAUCAUCCUGCCUCUUGUACUUCAUUGAAUUUUCAUCUCAUUGAUUACCACCUGGCAGCAUUCAUCACAGUGAUGCUUGCGAGGAGGCUUGUAUGGGCCCUCAUCUCAGAGGCCACUAAGGCGGGUGCAGCAUCAAUGAUUCACUACAUGGUUCUCAUAUCAGCUCGCUUGGUGCUACUUACGUUGUGUGGAUGGGUACUUUGUUGGACCCUGGUCAAUCUCUUCCGAAGCCAUUCAGUCCUCAACCUCCUUUUCCUUGGCUACCCGUUUGGUGUUUAUGUUCCUCUCUGCUGUUUCCAUCAAGAUAGUAGAGCUCAUCUUCUUCUUGCAGACUAUAACUACAUGGUUCAGCACCAGGCGGUAGAGGAAAGUGCCUCGACUGUGGGUGGCUUGGCCAAGUCCAAAGACUUCCUCUCCUUGUUGCUGGAGUCUCUAAAGGAACAGUUCAAUAACGCCACACCCAUCCCCAGCCACAGCUGCCCCCUGUCUCCAGACCUCAUUCGCAAUGAAGUAGAAUGUCUGAAAGCAGACUUCAACCACAGAAUCAAGGAAGUUCUCUUCAACUCUCUCUUCAGUGCCUACUAUGUUGCAUUUCUCCCCCUGUGUUUUGUGAAGAGUACCCAGUACUAUGACAUGCGCUGGUCAUGUGAGCACCUCAUUAUGGUGUGGAUCAAUGCUUUUGUCAUGCUCACCACACAACUGCUGCCAUCCAAAUACUGUGAUUUGCUACAUAAAUCAGCUGCUCACCUGGGCAAGUGGCAGAAGCUUGAACAUGGGUCCUACAGCAAUGCUCCACAGCACAUAUUAGCACAGGCCUUCAAGCCCAGGAACUGAAAGAGAUUGGGCCAGGCUGAAAAGAAACCCGACUGUGGGCAAAGGACAAAUUUCAAUAAAAAUUGAAAAUACAAUCCACAGUACUAGUACUGUACAUCUUCAGGCUCCUGAUGGCACAUGGCCAUGAGGUGUAUCAUCACUUUAAUGCUGGUAAGUGUGAGCAAGGCCGACGGAACAUUUUCUGAACUGGGAAAGCUUCAGGGUGCUAGAAUUUUUUUUUUCUUUAACAUAUUUAAAAUGCUGUCCCAGUUCUUACCCUAGGAAACUAACCUUUCCAAAAUCAGGAAGAGAUGAAUUAACUUAGAUUUUUUAAAAAGCUUAACCUGAAGAUCCCCAUCCCCACCCCAACUCCAUUACGUUGGUGCUGGAAAGAAUGAAGCUUCUUCCAUAACUUCUUUUUCCUAGAGAAACCUCUAUAAAAAAAAAAACCCAAGAAAGUGGUAAAAAGAAAAGUCUGUGUGUCGGUACCUUGUGUGUCUCUGUGUUCUUCUGUGUAGCUUCUCACAUAUAUGAAGCGUUUGAAGUGUGUGAUAAAUGAAUAGAUUUCCUGUAGCUUUUUGGGAUGUAAUGCUGCAGUAAAUGUCAUGCUAGUUUGAUAAUGUGUGCAUUUCUCCACUACUCUUAUUACCAUCCACUCUCUCUUCUUGUUUGUUCCCUCUAGCAUUUCCACCAAUAGACUCUGCUCACUUGGAAUUGAGGUGACAGUCCACCUGCUUAUACUGGAUUUUCCGGCUCAUAGAUGCCCUCCUUACACAUUUAUUUCUGCUUGUUCUCCUAAGCCUCUUAAGUCCUUUGACACUGAGUUAACUUUGCAGUUUCUCUCUACUAUAUAGCAAUGAAGUUAUAAUAAAUCCUUUUGACUGCUUCCAGUUUGACCAUGGAAUUACUGUAUUUUCAGAAUUCAGGCAGAUGAAGCCUUGAAUACUUAAUCCUUUCCAUAGAAAUAUAGCUGGCCUUGCCAGACACUGUCUUAUCUGUAAUUGCCAAUAGGCUAACAUUGCAUUUCUUUCUC